ACGUUAAAUUCUUUUGCAAACAUUCAUGCCUAAGGAAGGGCUGGAACAGGCAGCCCCGGCCGCCGGAACCGGUCGGACAGGUAGCGAGCUUGUUGACACCGUUAUGUUGCAGGGCGCAUGCUCACUCCCAAGUUUCCUGGUGCCUUUUCUAUUCCACCUUAUGAAACUUUUUCCUCGGCGUGGUCUCACCCGCGAUUUAAGGCAUAGGUGUCGCAGAGCCGGGAAGCUGGGAGUCGUAGAGAGUGUUGGGGGAGAGGCCGGGCCGCGCCGCGGCGGGGGGCGGAGGGAGAGGGCAGGCGGGGCGGGAAGGUGGGCUCUGGCCGCUGGGAGCCGGGGACCGAGCCACCGCCACCGUCCCUAGCGGGGAGCAGCCGGGAAGAGGGGGCCGCAGUCCGGGGAGGGGGCCCCAAGAUGCCCAAAGUCUUCUUGGUGAAGAGGAGGAGCCCGGGGGUCUCGGUCCGCAGCUGGGAUGAGCUCCCGGACGAGGAAAGGGCAGACACCUACAUCCCAGUGGGCCUGGGCCGUCUGCUCCACGACCCCCAGGACUGCCGCAGCGACGGCGGCAGCAGCAGCGGUGGCGGCAGCAACAGCGCUGGGGAGCCUGGAGGCGCCGAGAGCAGCUCGUCCCCGCGCGCCCCCGAGCGCGAAACCCCGGAGCCGGGCGACGGCGAGGGCCCUGGUGGACACCCGGCGGCGAAGCAGCGCCCGGUCGCUAGGUCGAAAAUCAAGUUCACGACAGGCACGUGCGGCGACGCGGCGCUUCAUAGCUGCGACCUGUGCGGCAAGGCCUUCCGCCUGCAGCGGAUGCUCAACCGGCACCUCAAGUGCCACAACCAAGUGAAGAGGCACCUGUGUAGCUUCUGCGGCAAGGGCUUCAACGACACCUUCGACCUCAAGCGGCACGUGCGCACGCACACAGGCAUUCGCCCCUACAAAUGUGACAUCUGCCACAAGGCCUUCACCCAGCGCUGCUCGUUGGAGUCCCACCUGAAGAAGAUCCAUGGCGUGCAGCAGCAGUACGCCUACAAGCAGCGCCGGGACAAGCUGUACGUCUGCGAGGACUGCGGCUAUACCGGCCCCACGCAGGAGGACCUGUACCUGCACGUGAACGGUGCCCACCCAGGCAGCGCCUUCCUCAAAAAGACAUCCAAAAAACUGGCAGCCCUCUUGCAAAACAAGCUGACGUCCACGCUCCAGGAGAACGCCAAACUGAGUGAGGAGGAGGAGGAGGAGGAGAAAUGAGAGGAGGAAGGGGGACGCCAACGCUGCCAUGUGUACACGGAUUUCUGGUCUUGAGGGUCUCUGGCCCGUGGGCCCUUUCCAAGUACAAGUGUUUUGUUCAUCUCUCUGUGCUUUGGGAGCCUCAGCUGGGGCUCCGAUCCAAGGCUGUCAAUUCUGACAGUGGCAUCAGGCCCCCCAACCCCUGGGGUCCUAGGGAACAUGGUCACAUGAAUGACAGUUUGUGGAUGUGGCUGUGAUCACGGUGCAGGAUUUUUUUUUUUUUAAGGAUUUUCACACAUGGAGGCAAGAGUGUUCUUAGAGAGACACCCCUUGGAGAGAUUGAUGUGGUGACUUAAAAUAAAAGUACUUUCACUUGAAAUGCU